AUGUUUAGCAUAGCUUCAAAAGUGCCAUCCGUUUUGUAUAAAUCAGCAUCGUUUUUGAGGCUAUCUUCAACAUUGGCAUUUAUUGAAACAAGCCCUGAAGGCAAGGUCUUACAGUCUUCAUUAAGUGCUUUGAAUGCAGCAAAUCAAUUAGGAAAUCCAAUAUCUGCAUUGGUUGUUGGCUCUAAUGCCAAUGCAGCCAGCGAGGAACUAAGGAAUAAAAUAAAAUGUGGAAACUUGAACAAGAUUAUAGUCGCUAAAAAUGCUGCAUAUGAUAACUUUCUUCCUGAAAUGCUCACCCCAUUGUGUACGGAACUUCUGAGAAGUGAUCAAUACAGUCACUUUAUUGUCUCUAGUUCUUCAGUUGGCAAAAAUGUAUUGCCUAGAAUCGGUGCGUUGCUUGAUUAUCAACCAAUCUGUGAUAUCACCAAAAUAGUGGACGCGAACACUUUUGUUAGACCUAUUUACGCUGGUAAUGCUCUCGCUACCGUGAAGUGUCCUCAAGAUAAAAAGUUGAUAAGUAUCAGGUCAUCAUCUUUUCCUAGUAUUGAGGAGGGUGCAAAUGAGGCCGAAAUUGUUGAUGCUCCUCUAAUGGAAAGUUCCUCAUUAGGCACUCAAUGGGAGGGUGCAAGUUUGGUCAAGAAUGAACGUCCAGAUUUAGGAUCUGCUACUCGAAUUGUAUCCGGAGGAAGGGGCCUCAAGAACAAGGAAACAUUUGAGAGACUUGUUACACCUCUAGCAGAUUCUCUUCACGCCGCAAUCGGGGCAACUAGGGCAGCCGUUGACGCCGGAUUUUGCGAUAAUUCCUUACAGAUCGGUCAAACUGGCAAAGUUGUGGCACCAGAUCUCUAUAUUGCUAUUGGAAUUUCCGGCGCGAUUCAGCAUCUUGCUGGUAUGAAAGAUUCGAAGACUAUUGUGGCUAUCAAUAACGAUCCUGAAGCGCCUAUUUUCCAAGUCGCUGACUUCGGGUUAGUCGGAGACUUGAAUGAAAUAGUUCCCGAACUAACUCAAAAAAUUACUAAGUAA